AUUUCAGUCUAAUUCCGACCACCGUUCGCAGCGAAUGUGCGUCGCGCGUUAUCGCAGACGAGACUUUGUGCUUUGCAUCAUCAUCCAGUCGCGCCCGCUCGCCUGCGUGUAUUCCCCAGUCCCCGUCGCGUCUCCACGAGCCACGAGCUCUCUGUCGCGUUUUCAUCAACCUUAAAUCGAAUCUAAUUCUCUAGACACACAUACGCACACAUGAGUGCGCGCGUUUCCGUGUCGUGAAGUAGUGUUAGCGAACGUCUAUCGAUCCCCGGGGACGGCGAUCGAACCGAGAGUUGUGUGUAUUUCGUACGGUUGUGCCUCGUGUCACAGAGCAUCUGGACACGUCCAGCAGUUGUGCAGUGUACCAGCGUGUACCAUUCGCGUUUCCAGGCGCGGCCAAGAUCUCGAGAUCUCUCGAUCGUGUAACUGCGUGUCGGUCGGUUAGCCCGUGGGUUCCUGGCCGUUUUUGGAGACACUGGAGGCAAACUUUCACUUUUGCAUCCCAUUCCACACGCACACAAAAAAGAGCACAGAAGGCGAAAAUUUGGACGGAAACGUCGCUACCGGUUUGUUAGUUUUGCUGACUCUCUUCGACCCUACAAAGACCGUCCGGACAGCGAUCGGGAAGAAACAAUCUUUGCGAAAGAUGAACAUUCCCGUGGUGCGCGAUUGUGUUGCUCUUCGGCGGUGCAUGUGUUAAUGCGCGACCGUGUGUAAACGCCAGUUCCAGUUGCUCCUCCGAGCAUCUCCCGAACUGAGCAGGCGGGUUUUGGUACGAACCGCCCAACAAAACACCCCAUCACCCCAAAAGCAACGUUCGUCACCGAGGAUCGACUGAACGAUGCCUAUCUGUACGCUACCGACGGUGACAAUUUACGAGGACUUUGACAAGCUCAGCGCAAAGGAGGUGUACUUCACGGAGUCGGGCGACAAGGUGACGGUGAAGCUGUUACACUUUCCCAACCUCAGCCCGGAAGAGCAGGACCAUCUGAAGACGAUGUCGGACAGUGGGGACGAGCACGGUGCGGCCAACGCCGGCACGGCCGGCCAUGCCGGAACGUCCGCGGACGCGGUGCCCCGCACCCGCAAGAAGUCCUUCACCCGGAAGCUCUCGAACGAUGCGCGCAAGUUUUCCGCCCUGGCCGCCAGCCGCAAAAACUCCAAGGACGCCGACCUGACGGCACUGCCCGGUGGGGCCAACGCAGCCCAAUCGAGCCAGCAUGCGGCGGGGCAGCAUCAUCACCAUCAUCACCACUACCAUCACCAUCACCAUCAGUACCACCAGGCGGCGGUGCCGGCGAUACACUCGCACAGUGGGCCGCCCCAUGUCCAGCAGCAUUAUCAGCAGCAGCCGGUGCGAGCGACGCAGCGCACACACAGCACGUCUCACUCGCAGUACCACUAUCAGAGCCAGCUGCCAAUACUGCAGCAUCCGGCCGACGGGGCUGGCCGGUCGGAGUGUGCGGGUGGCGGCUCGCUGCGUCACCGCAUCGGGGCGCACCGGUCGCCGUCGCCGCGCCAAUCCGCCAGCCUGUGUCCCGGGUACGAGCAGUACCAGAUGUCGCUGCUGGAGGUGCCGAUGCCACGUGAUUACGGCGAUGCAUCGAGCGACGAUCUGAGCUCGGAGUGGGACUCGGACGUACCGGACGUGCGGCAUGAAUCGGGCACGAAGCCUUCUGGAUGGCGUAAAUUGCGCAACAUCGUACAGUGGACACCGUUCUUCCAGACGUACAAAAAGCAACGCUACCCGUGGGUUCAGCUAGCCGGGCAUCAGGGAAACUUCAAAGCCGGACCGGAUCAGGGCACGGUACUGAAGAAGCUAUGCCCCAAAGAGGAAAAGUGUUUUAAGGUACUGAUGAAGGAUGUCCUGAGACCCUACGUUCCCGAGUACAAGGGUCAGGUGAAUAGUGAAGAUGGCGAAUCAACCUAUAUACAGCUGCAGGAUCUACUCAGCGAUUUCUAUCAACCGUGCGUGAUGGAUUGUAAGAUAGGCGUCCGGACCUACCUAGAAGAGGAACUGUCGAAAGCCAAAGAGAAGCCGAAACUUCGAAAAGAUAUGUACGAAAAGAUGAUACAGAUCGAUCAAAACGCCCCCACCGAGGAGGAGCACCGUGCUAAAGGUGUCACCAAGCCACGCUACAUGGUAUGGAGGGAAACCAUCUCCAGCACGUCCACGCUCGGAUUUCGAAUAGAGGGUAUCAAAAAGAGUGACGGUACGAGUUCAAAGGAUUUCAAAACGACAAAAUCGCGUGAUCAAAUCUGUGAAGCUUUUCGCGAAUUUACUGACGGGUUCCCGCAUGCAAUGCCUAAAUACAUUCAACGGUUGAAGGCGAUUCGGGCAACGCUCGAGUAUUCCGAGUUUUUCAAAAGCCACGAGGUGAUAGGAAGCUCACUGUUGUUCGUGCACGACCGUCACAAGGCAAGCGUCUGGCUGAUCGACUUUGCCAAAACGGUCGCUCUUCCGGAGAGUGUGGCCAUUACGCAUGACAGCAAGUGGAAGGUGGGCAACCACGAAGACGGCUACCUGAUCGGGAUCAACAAUCUGAUCGACAUCUUCAGCGAAGUGCACGAUCGGCAAACACUGCAGUGCCUGACGGAGCGAAUACCCCGGCUUUCGCUACCGGACGACACCAAUGGUAUCGAUGCGAAUCCGGAUGAUCCUCUGCGUCACGACGGGUGCAAUCGGAACAGUGAGAUCUCGUCUGCUGCCGUACCCGCCGUGCCGGACCGAUGUGGCGAUAAGAUCAGCUGUGUGAAUAACAACAACAAUUACGACUGCAAACCAGAGGAUCAGCAGCUGGUGGGCAACAGCACGGCGGAUACGAGCACAGGCCUGCGUGACUGUAUCGGGUCGAGUUCGGGGUAGUGCCGGCAGGUCUGGCCGGGCGGGUACGCUGCCAACCAAGGACUGAAUCGAAUUAGUAUGUAAGAUUUUUGUUUGUGGUCAACCACGGAAACACAAGCAGUUGUCGAAUCAUUAAGGACCGUUUGUUCAUACUCCGGCAUCGAGCGAGUGAGAAUCCUUUGUUAAUUUAUAAAAUACUACGAUCAAACACUCUGAACAUUAGGAUAGUAAUGGUAGCGUAAAGUACAGUAGACGAACAUACAGUUUAAUAUAUUCAACUCUAUUAAGAAAA